CGGGUUCGCUAAGCACCACAUCCAGCCCAACCGGCCAUUAAUUAAUCUCUCAGUCAGACCCUGGCAGAAUCGCCAUUUAAGCUUGAACUUGUGCCUUGGCAAGCUGUCACUUUUUUGUAUCGGUAAUUACAUGUCUACUUUGUUGGUGAAGGCUGUCGGCACCAUGAUCCCCUGAUCUUCACCACCAUCCCAUGGAAUGAACAUCUCAAAUCUAGUCUCGUCUAGUUCUGGUCGAUUCGUUCCUUCUGGAAAAUCCAAUAUUCAAGGCGGAAAAGCCAGAAAGGCUACGAUAUUCCUGCUCAUCCAUGGUACGUGUGCCACUGUUGCCUCCGCCCUCCCACAUUGUUGCGCGCCUUGUGGCGACCGACGUCAACGUCAGACUCAGAUCCGGCCCUUCAGGGUCCAGAAAUCAAUCCUGAAGAUAGAAGAAGACGCGGGAAAAAGGGUCCAAACUUAACAGUCAGUGC